CCGGCGACGGAGGGACAAGAGGCUCCGCCUGCUGUCGGGACGCGGCUGUGACGUGGCCGAGCCGUUGCCGUGGCCGCUGCGCCGUUCCCGUAAUGCAGCUGGGCUGCCGGCCUGACGGUGGUGUUUCCGCCGUGGAAGGAAGCACUUCAGUAUGGACCGAUUUGAAGAUUCGUCAGAUGGUGAAGUGGAUCACACUUUCUAUGAGAGUGAUUAUGGAGAGGAGGAGAAAACUGAAGAAAAUGGUGAAUAUAUAGAGAAAGGAAGUGCAAAGGUAACUCAUUCUGACCUUGACUUGAUUGCUAGUUCAAAGGAUGCAAACUGUCGUGAGGAGGAAAAUGAAGAGAAACAGGAAGAUUUGCAGAAGAGUCAGUUCCUAGAAGACAGCACAGACAGUCCUGGGGACACUUCAUCUUUUUUACUUCCUCCAGUUCAUGAGAAUGCAGGUACAUCUGGAGCAACAUCUGCAGCAAGCAGGAGAAUGCAGGAAAACGUCCCUGCUGGAAUCCCUGAAAUAAAUUAUUAUACAGAUGAAGAAGAUAGUAGUGAUGAUGGCAGAAAACAGAAGAUUAGACCAGAGUCAGCUAAGCAGUCCUACAGUGUAAGAGGAGCUAGCAGAACACACAGUACUACCAGUUCCUCUUCCUCAUCCUCAAGCUCAGAUACAGAUUCUGAUAGCUCUUUAUCAGAUUCAUUGCAUUCUUCCUCCAAGAGAAAUGCUUGUAGUGUGGCUCCAAAAGAAAAAUUUGCAUCAGCAAUAAAAUUACCAGAAGGAAAGCCAAAGCUUGAAGACUAUGUGGAGGAAUCUGAAGAUGCAGAAUCCAAGUCCGAUUUCAGCAGCAGUGGCUUACAUGAUGGUAUGGAUCUGAAUCAGCGUUUGAAAGCUGCGCUACGGUUGGAGAAUGAAGAACAGCGAAAACUAACUGUAGGUCAUACAUCUGGAAGAACAAGGGAGAAAUUUUCCGCCAAUGAAGAAGUUAAGUAUUGCUCUGAUUUAAAAACUGCUCUAGGGGUGAGGGAUAAACGGCAACAAAAACUGGGCAUCAUUCAUCCAUCUAGAGGAACAAGGAAAAAUUAUUCUUUCACAAAUGAAGAAGUUAGACGAAUUGAUCAAGAGAACCAAAGGCUGCUCCAUGAACUGGCCCGGCUGUGUGCGACGCCAGGAAGCAGAACCAACAUGCUGAAGAAGUCGGCUUCUCCAUCUCUUCAAGCAUACCACAGUGCCAUCAACAGGCAAAAAGAGCAGCAGAGGAUUGAAAAAGAAAACCUGGCUUUACUGAAGAGACUGACAGCAGUGAAACCAACACCUGGAAUGAAGCGUUCUGAACAACUGUGGGACUAUCAGCGCUAUGUGAGCUAUGCAAGUACUUCACCAUCUGCAAGAGAAGAAAGUUCUCUUUCCAGGCAGUGUGGCCUGUCUCGAGUCCCCUCGAGAGCAUACACUGCAUCAAGCACAAUGAGGCAGAAGAAGGAAAAACCCAUGUCAGUUUCACCUACUGGGGCAUCGCAGAGACCUAAAUCCACUAAUGUUCAUGCUGCUUGUUUAAAGUGCAAGCAGCGUCCUUAAACUUUAAUUCCUGGGAACCUCAGAGACUUGAGCAAAUUGGAAGAAUCAGGCAAGGCCGUUCUUCAUAUGGAGUUUCUAGGAUUUUCUCUGUACCAGAGCCUAUCUUCUGCCAGAUUGUUUGCAGCAUUUACUGAAGAUCCUGAGGCAUCUCAGCUGUUACUCCUCACUCAGAUAAGCAUUGACUAGCUACAUUUGUCUUUUAUGGUGGGUAUUUUCCUAUUUGUCAGCUAAACACUUUCAGGAUAAAUCCCUACAAAUAGCUGAUAUUUUUCUUUCUAACAUGUCAGCCAAUAAAGUUUCCUUUUGACUGCUU